AUGGAGAAUGAACAGAGGCCAUCUUUACGCGACAAACGGAAAACUACUAACGUCUUUACAACUCUUGCAACUUAUGAAACUUUCCAAAUAAACGGCUCAUACUCGUGCGGAGGUGUUGGACUCGAAAGAUUGAAAAUAACUCUGGACAGGAAGAAAUGUCUGGAAGGAAAUGGAUCGAAAAUCGAAAGAUCACAAAAUUUGGACCGCCUUAUAUACAAAGGCAACGAUUCAAAUUUCAAACUAAAGAGGAAGAUAGUAAAGGAGGGGGAGGUGCAUGAGAUACGUAGAUCGAAAUCAGUGUUCGAUUUAUCCGUCGAAACUCAAACAACCGAAAUAACUAAACGACGAAUCAAGAUCAGACAGUAUUGGAGUGAAAGAAUAAAACCAACGAAAAAAUCUACCGACGAGGAGGAAAAAGAAGAAGAAGAAGAAGAAGAAGAAGAAGAAGAUAAAUCUAGAAAGACUACGAAUAAAAAAAUUGAAAGAAACGAUUCGUUUAUCAAACGAUUCGUCAAAACUUCCAAGGAAAAUAUAACCGAGGGUUGUGAAAAGUUGGUCAGAAAUAUUCGUAAGAGUCCUCGUCUUUGGACAAAAAAAUUACAUUUCAAUAAAAACAAAGAUAAUUCGAUUGAUUUGACAAAAAACAAGGAUAAUAAUCAUUUUAAACCAGUACCACCUGUUAGAAGAAAAGGUUCAAGAAAUAGGCCACUUCUAUGCGAAUUCGAUUUAUCGAAGAAUAAACCUAAUGAAUUGUUAGUAUCGAGUUAUGAUAAAAAACACGAUGAAGAUUCAUCGAGAUCUAAAAGUGUUUCGAUCGAGGACGUUGAAGAUUUGAUACGUUCGGAAAACAAUCUUCGUUUAUUGGAAGAACGUGUUAAUCUUCGAAGACGUUUUGAAAAGAAAAAUGAAUCUAAUGAUGAUUCAUUUUUAACCGAUUAUUCGCCUAUUGUACAUAAACGUUAUUACAAACGUUCAAACUUAUCUCGAGAAAAGGAAAAAGAAGAAGAAGAAGAAGAAGAAGAAAUAAUAAAUGUUAGUGAAUCUGAAAGUAAGUUGUUAGAACGUUGUUGCAAGUUAGAAAGGAAAGUGAAAUAUUUUCCAACGUUGGACAGACAAGUAGAUACAAAGAAGAAAAAAGAAGAGAAGGUUCAUAGGUCAUCGAGACAUAAACGGCAAAUCUGUGAUAACGCUAACGAGUCAUUCGAUCUCGAAGAAGUUUCUACGACUGCUGGACAAUUGUCGAUAGUUCAGAAAAGGAGUAAUAGUAGUAGUAGUAGUAGUAGUAGUGACCAGUUGAAUGCGCGCGCUUCGAGUACUUCGUCCGACGUAAAAUGCAAACUUGCAAAUUUGUCGGAUGCACGAGGAGUAGAAGAAGAAGGAGAAGAGAAACGACGAGAACUACAACGACCACUACGACUACAACGAUUACGAUUACAACGACUACGGCAUCAACAGCAACAGCAAAAGCAACAGCAAAAGCAACAACGAAAAGGGCCAGGACGACGAAUAAACGAGGUACGUCGACAUCAGCGAGAACACAGUGAAAAAGAGGAAGAAGUGGAGGAACUGAACAAGGAGAAGGAAGAAGAAGAAAAAGAACAAGUGGAAAAUAAAGUUAAAAGUUCAAAGUUAUCAGUCGAGCAAUUAUCAUCGUUAAUAGAAACACCGAGAAUUUCGAUAGGUGAUUUUGAAGAUGAACAAAAUAUUCCCUUAGAUGAAAGUACGAAUGAAAUUCGAUCAAGUAUAAAAGAAGAAAGUGCCAAUUUAAAUGUUACAAUUGGCAAUGUUUUACGAUCCGUGACUGUUUUACGAAACGAUUCAAUCGAAAAGAAUAUCAACGACGAGAAGAUCAACAACAAUCGCAAAAGUUACAUUAGUAAUAAUAAUAAUAAUAAUUGUAUAAAGUAUCAAACAUCGAAAUCGAGUGACACAAAGAUGAAAAUGACGAUUAGAAUAAUCAGAAUUCGUGACAAACUGAUGCUCGGUUUGAGCGCAUUUGUGAUCCUAUUCACUUUACUUUUGGUGAUGGAUCUUGAAAUGGAUUUGGGUUAUAGUGGACAUCAUUUGGUACCAAGUCAUGGUCGUGUAAGAAUCGGUGAUGAUCCUAACGUUGAAACAGUUUAUACGGGAUUUAGAAGAAAAUUUUUACAACGUACCAAUGCUAGUAAAGAACAAUAUGAUGCUUCUUCUACUUACACGCGUAGUGUUGUCAAAGACAUUAACGUUUCAACGGGUACUGAAAAAACUGUUAAACACGACGAUUUUGCAGAUUUAAUCGAAUUUGUUACAAACGGUUUUGAUGUUAACGCUGAUGAGGGUGUUGUUAGGAUUAGUGGAGAAGAUCAUAGUUAUAAUCCAACAUUGGGAGAACUCAGACACGUUGUAUUAGGAAAAAAUGCCACAACUCUGGAAAAAUUUCAUCUACAAAUCUCCAGGACGGAAUUAUAUCCGAAAGAUUCUAUUUACGUGGAUGAAUUGUUACGUCAAAUGGCAACGCAAACUAUCACUCACGUUGUUCAGAAGGAAGGUGGUACUCAAUUGAAAUUAGUCAUCGACUAUGCGAACAACAUGCAAGCACUUUUCAAACCAAUGAGGUUUCCACGAGAGCAACAAACUUUACCAAACCAUUUUUAUUUUACCGAUUUCGAGAGACACACGGCAGAAAUCGCAUCUUUUCAUCUCGACAGAUUGUUUGGUUUUCGACGAGCAAUGCCGGUGACAGGAAGAACGUUGAACAUAACAACAGAAAUUUACAACAUAGCCGAUGGCGAAUUACUGAAGACCUUCUUCGUUAGUCCAGCAGGUAACCUUUGUUUUCACGGAAAGUGCAGUUACUACUGUGACACGGCGCAUGCAGUUUGCGGCAAUCCGGACACCUUAGAGGGUAGUUUUGCGGCUUUCCUGCCAAACAAAUCUUUCGCUACAAGAAAGGCUUGGAGGCAUCCUUGGAGAAGAAGUUAUCACAAACGGAGGAAAGCUCAAUGGGAGCAUGACUCGCAAUAUUGUUCACUGGUGAAAGAGAUACCACCUUAUGACGAGGGUAGAAGACUACUCGAUUUGAUGGACAUGUCGGUUUUCGAUUUUCUAACUGGAAAUAUGGAUCGACAUCAUUACGAAACAUUCAAGAUAUUCGGGAACGACACGUUCACCCUUCACGUUGAUCAUGGUCGUGGCUUUGGAAAACCAUUUCACGAUGAGACAUCUAUUCUAGCACCAAUCUUACAAUGUUGCAUGAUCAGACAAAGCACAUUGGCUACAUUACUCAAAUUUCACAAUGGACCGACACGUCUGAGCGUAGCCAUGAAGCAAAGUAUGGCUCGGGAUCCAGUAGCGCCAGUUUUAUGGGAACCCCAUUUGACCGCUUUAGAUCGAAGAGUUGGUAUCAUUUUACAAGCUAUCAGAGAUUGCGUAAAUCGCGAGGAUUCCGAUCAAUUGGUCGUUCAAUCUGAAAAGAAAAAGAAAACUACAAAAUCCUAACCAUUUAUUUAACGAAAAACACCACACAAAUUCAAGAUCCUCAUUUUGAUUGGAUUUUGAAAAAUACAAGACGAUUCAAUCGUAUCCUAUGUACAUACGAAUGUAUAAUAAUAAUCAUCAUUAUUAUUAUUAUUAU